UUUUACAUAUGCCAUUGUCACUACGUUUACAAAUUCGACAUUUGAGUAUUCAAGAAAUACUUUAUAAUUUAGAAACAUUUUUUAAGGAUAUUUAAUUUGUAUCGUUGAAUAAUUCCAGAAGAAAAAUGAUUCGUUUCAUAUUAAUCCAAAAUCGAGCUGGCAAAACACGCCUGGCCAAAUGGUACAUGAAUUUUGAUGAUGACGAGAAGCAAAAGUUGAUUGAAGAAGUGCAUGCAGUCGUUACAGUUCGAGAUGCAAAACACACCAAUUUUGUCGAAUUUCGGAAUUUUAAGAUUGUUUAUCGCCGUUAUGCAGGCCUUUAUUUUUGUAUAUGUGUAGAUGUGAAUGACAACAAUUUAUGCUACUUAGAAGCCAUACACAAUUUCGUGGAAGUCUUGAACGAAUACUUCCAUAAUGUGUGUGAAUUGGAUUUAGUUUUUAAUUUUUACAAGGUAUACACGGUGGUGGAUGAGAUGUUUUUGGCUGGCGAAAUACGAGAAACAUCGCAAACCAAAGUUCUUAAACAACUCCUUACGUUGAACAACUUGGAGUAAUUUUCAAAGUUCAAGUUUAUGUUUUAUUUAGAAUUAUUCAAAUUGUAUGAUAUUGUAAUAGAGCAAACUUAGCAAGUCAGACAGACUAAUGUUGGAACAAAUACUGAAUUGUUAGAAACAAGUGUAAAUAGAUGUGCUGGUGUUUACCUAAUCUGAUCUAAAUAUACGUGAUUUUGGAUUUUGGUCUUAUCGUAAUUAUUUUAAGAAAUAACAUUCAUUUGAAAAAUGCUCUGUGGUUUCUUAGAUGUAAGACAUGUAUAGGUAUUAUCUAAGUUAACUGAUAAUUAUUCCUUGUAUUUUAUGAUUGAUAUACUACAUGUUUUGUAAGAAUUAGCUUAUUAUUAUUUAUUUUUAAUUAACGGAGCUUUUCGAUGUAUAAUUUUUAAUCGUCAAAAAUCCAUAUUUAAAGAUAAAGGCGGGUGUACAUUUAACUUAGGCAUUAUAUAUAUUGAAGCGUAUAGACAAAGUAUCGAUAUAUCUAGUUUUAAUUAGUGGAUAAUAUAAUCGAAUUGCUCGAAUACUCAUUGGAAA